AUGCAGUACAUAGCGUCAUCUGUGAUUGCUUUGAACAAACGUGGCAUCAGAGAUACUAAAUCAUAUUUUAAUGAACAGGCCCAAGGUCUAAAAAUAUUCCCUAAUUUUCAGGAUCGUCUAAAACCUGGCCGGAUGUUGUUGGUCGAUACGUAUGAACAAAAAAUCGAACAAGAUGAAGAUUUGAAACGUCGAAUUGCACAGUCACGACCACACAAAAAACUAACUUCACGACGUGUUUACUUGGAUUUACUCCGGAAAGAUGAUGUUCUUUCACAUGGAGCCGUUACAAACGAAUACCUCAUCAAGUGUAAUCUGGAAGCACUUGGUAUUGAGGGUAUGAAGAAGAAGGAUGUCCACCUGGAUUCAGAUCGUCGCCUAUCACUUUAUGCCUAUACACAUGACACAUUCAGCUUGCUACUGGUACCGAUGAUCAAAGAAAAGAAAGAAGCACUCGGUUCUAUGGGCAAUGAUGCAGCACUGGCCUGUUUGUCUGAUUUCAAUCCGUUGAUGUUUUCGUAUUUUCAACAACUUUUUGCUCAGGUCACAAAUCCGCCAAUUGACCCGUUCCGUGAGCAGAUUGUUAUGAGUCUACGAUGUCCUGUUGGUCCGGAAUCGAACCUGCUUGAGCCAAAUGAGGAGUUGGAUAGUCGUCUCAUACUUGAGCAACCUGUACUUUCACUAGUUGAUGUGAAGUUUCAGGUCAUUAAGCGAACGAUGUAUAAAGGUUGGCGAAGCAAAACCAUUGACAUUACGUUCCCAGUGAAAUAUGGAGUGAAAGGCUUGGUACCUGGUUUGGAUAGAAUCUGCUGUGAAGCAUGUACAGCAGCCUUGGAAGGCUAUCAGAUCCUGGUGCUGUCAGAUAGGGCAGCCAGUAAGGACAAUGUGCCCAUAUCGUCACUGUUAGCCGUCGGAGCCAUACAUCAAUGCCUCAUUCGACACCGUCUCAGAAUGAAGGUUGCCAUCAUUGUGGAAACUGGUGAAGCAAAGGUUGUCCAUGAUUUCUGUGUUUUGCUUGGUUUCGGAGCUGAUGCUGUUUGCCCCUACAUGGUUUUCGAGACAAUGUAUCGACUCCGAUACCUUGGCUUGCUCGACAAGGAGCUCAAUGACGACAUGGUAUAUCAAGGCUAUCGUCAGGGAGUUGAACGUGGUAUCUUCAAAGUGAUGGCAAAAAUGGGAAUCAGUACGUUACACUCGUACAAGCACGCCCAAAUCUUUGAAAUAGUCGGGUUGGCUAAGGAAGUAGUCGAUUUGUGUUUCAAAAACACCGUUUCUCGUCUUGGUGGUGCCACGUUUGAGAUUUUGGCUGCUGAGGCCCUGAAACGCCAUCGCUCUGCAUUCCCUGUAGCCGCAAACGCUGACAAGCACGUAUUUGGAGAUUCACGUGUUCUCGUCGCUUCUGGAACAUUCCACUGGAGAGCAGGAGGAGAAAAACAUAUCAAUGAGCCGGAGUCGAUUGCCAAGCUACAGGCAGCUACUCGCCUCAACAAUAAGAAGACAUUCCAUGAAUACUCUCAGGCAUCGAAUCUCGCCCAGAGAUGGUGCACUCUUAGGGGCCAACUCGAGAUUAAAACCAGUUCGAAACUCGAAAUUCCUAUGGAUCAAGUCGAACCGGCUAGUGAGAUAGUGAAGAGAUUUGUAACAGGAGCUAUGUCAUUCGGGUCAAUCUCAUGGGAGGCACAUACUACGCUUGCCAUCGCCAUGAAUCGCAUCGGCGGCAAGUCUAAUACAGGUGAAGGUGGUGAGAAACCAGAGCGUUACGCGACUAACCAAGAUCCCAACAACAACUUGCGAUCGGCUAUCAAACAGGUGGCUUCUGCACGCUUUGGUGUCACAUCAGCUUAUUUAGCCAACGCCGACGAACUUCAAAUCAAAAUGGCACAAGGUGCCAAACCUGGUGAAGGUGGUGAAUUGCCUGGUCACAAAGUGACAAAGGAUAUUGCUGAUACACGUAAAUCAACACCUGGAGUUGGAUUGAUCUCACCGCCACCACAUCAUGAUAUUUAUUCCAUUGAAGAUCUCGCUCAACUAAUCUAUGAUCUCAAAUGUGCCAAUCCUGAGGCACGUGUUAGUGUGAAACUUGUUUCUGAAGCAGGUGUUGGUAUUAUCGCAUCAGGUGUUGUGAAAGGUAACGCCGAUCAUCUCACUAUCUCGGGACAUGAUGGCGGUACUGGAGCUUCCAGCUGGACCGGUAUCAAGCACGCUGGUCUACCAUGGGAACUGGGCGUUGCCGAAACUCAUCAGGUGCUGACAAUGAACAAUCUCAGGAGUCGAGUAAUUAUCCAGGCUGAUGGACAAAUCCGAACUGGACGUGAUGUAAUGGUAGCGGCUCUGUUGGGUGCAGACGAAUUCGGUAUGUCUACUGCGCCACUGAUCGUUCUUGGCUGUACGAUGAUGAGGAAAUGCCAUUUGAAUACGUGCCCAGUCGGUAUUGCUACCCAAGAUCCCAUCCUUCGUGCGAAAUUCGACGGCAAACCUGAGCAUGUCGUGAACUUCAUGUUCAUGGUAGCCGAAGAAGUACGGUAUUUCCUUGCAAGACUUGGUCUCCGCAAACUUAGCGACGCCAUAGGACGAACUGAUCUUCUCUAUGCAAAUCCAAAUCCUGUGAACAAAAAGGCGACUCUUCUUGAAUUCGGCUCAAUCCUAAAGAAUGUACAUCAUAUGUUCCCCAACAUUUCUACCAAAGGUGGAACAGUGAAACAAGUAAUCGAGCUCGGUGAGCUUGAACAAGAGAUCCUGAAAGAGUUACCCCGGGUAGUCGAUGGUCCGGGCGAGCAUUUGAAGGUCACCGGAAGAACCAUAACGAAUUUGGAUCGAGCAUUUGGUACUAGGAUUAGUUACGAGAUCUCGAAGCGCUUUGGUGAAGCUGGACUUGAAGGCACAAGAUCGCUCGAAAUAUCUGUCCAAGGCUCGGCUGGCCAGUCAUUCUGCGCUUUCCUUGCCAAGGGUGUCACUGUGGAACUCGAGGGUGACGCGAAUGACUAUGUUGGUAAGUGCCUUUCUGGUGGUACCGUGAUCGUUUACCCACCAAAGUGUGCCCAGUACAAAUCGGAAGAAAACUCGAUCAUUGGUAACGUGGCGCUCUACGGUGCUACUUCAGGCGAAUGUUGGCUUCGUGGAGUAGCCGGAGAGCGGUUUGCCGUCAGAAAUUCCGGUUCCACAGCAGUAGUCGAGGCAGUAGGAGACCAUGCCUGCGAGUAUAUGACUGGAGGCCGAGUAAUUAUUCUCGGAGCCAUUGGACGAAACUUUGCUGCUGCCAUGAGUGGAGGAAUCGCUUUCCUCUUUAACCAAGGUGACCCAUUCGUUCAUCGAAUUAAUACAGCAACUGUGGAUUUGGAUGAUCCAACUGAGGAGGAUCUGAUCUUUAUUCGUGAAAAAAUCGAGCGUUUCAUUGAGUUGACUGGUUCGGAACUUGGUCAACGUAUUCUGGAUAACUGGCAGGCCGAGCAUGCAAAGAUUAUCAAGGUGUUCCCGAAAGACUACAAGCGUGUUCUACAAGAGCAGGAAGCAGAAAAGGAACGUCUCGAAGCAGAAAAGGCAGCUGAGGAUGAAAAUGACAAACCUGGACGGCCCCGUGAACGUGCUCUAUCGAUGGAUAUGCAAAUUGCUCCGACGCUUAUACAUAAGAAGAAACUUUUGGCCAAAAAGAAACUUUCUGUUGCCCAACGCAAACGUAGGUCCUCGAAAAACCCUCGACCACAGGAUAUUGCUGGGUUUGAAGAUGAAGAAGAUUUGCAAGAUGCUAAUGAGGAGAUUGAAGAAGAUGAGACAAAGUCCGACAAUGAUGAAGAGCUGUUGUCGGAUGACGAGCAGCUCAUGCAAGACAACGACUUCCUUCGUGAUGUUAAAAAGAGUGUGGAUAUAGAGAACAUUAUCGUUCCCCCUCAUCUGCAAAAGAACGACGAACCACUCGAUAAGCUUCGUGGGUUCGUGAAGUAUAAUCGCCAGAAGAAGAUGUAUCGUAACCCUGAGGAACGUCUCAAGGACUGGGACGAGGUGUAUGACUUUGGAGCUGUUCGAAGUAACAUCCGACAGCAAGCUGCAAGAUGCAUGGACUGUGGUGUGCCGUUCUGCCAAGGUCACACUGGCUGUCCACUAGGUAAUAUAAUCCCCAAAUGGAAUGACUACGUGUUCAAGAAGAACUGGCGCCAAGCGCUUGAGCAACUACUACAAACCAACAAUUUCCCAGAGUUUACAGGAAGGGUCUGUCCGGCACCGUGUGAGGGUGCAUGCUGCCUUGCCAUUUCAUCGCCGGCUGUCACAAUCAAAUCGAUUGAAUGUGCUAUCAUUGAUUACGCGUUCAUGCAAGGAUGGAUUCAUGCUCGUCCACCAGUAGAAAAUACUGGAAAACGAAUUGCUAUCGUAGGAUCAGGGCCUGCUGGAAUGGCCGCAGCUGCCCAACUGGUCAAAGUCGGUCAUACCGUAGUUGUGUACGAGAGAAAGAACCGAGUCGGUGGUCUUCUGAGAUACGGUAUACCAUCGAUGAAAUUGGAUAAAUACAUUGUUGAUCGACGGGUGAAGUUGCUUGAAGAUGAAGGAGUUCGCUUCAUUACGAAUACGGAAAUUGGAAAGGAUGUCCCAGCCGACUUCUUGCUAAAGGAUAAUGAUGCUAUCAUCGUCUGCACCGGUUCUACCACUCCACGCGAUCUUCGGGUAAGUGGACGCGAUGCAAAAGGGAUCUGUUUUGCCAUGGAGUUCCUGGAGAAGAACCAACGCCGUCGUGCUGGUGACAACGUGUCCUGGGAAGGUUUAGAUGCAGCUGGAAAGCGGGUGAUUAUUCUCGGAGGAGGUGACACCGCCACUGACUGCAUAGCUACCAGUAACCGUUUGGGUGCCAAAUCUGUACGGGCAUUCGAGAUCCUGCCAAAGCCAGCCGAUAGUCGCAAGCCGGAGAAUCCAUGGCCCGAAUGGCCAGUGAUAUUCAGAAUUGAUUAUGGACAUGAAGAAAUGCAAAUGAAAACCGGAAAAGAUCCACGAACCUAUUCGAUUUCCACCAAGGCCUUCUUAACUACUGAAAACGCUGCCGGUAUAAAAGUGGUUACAGGUCUUGAGAUUGUUGAAGUGGAAUGGGAGAAAGACGAGAAGAUUGGUGUGCAAAUGUGGUUUGUUAAGGGAGCUUGGAAACUAAUCGAGAAGCCCGAUACGACGCAGACAGUGGAAUGCGAUCUAUGCAUACUUGCUAUGGGAUUCGUUGGCCCUGAAAAGGUGGUUAUCGAACAACUUGGUCUCAAAUCGGACGCGAGAUCUAACAUUCUAACACCAAAGGACAAGUAUAACUCUGAUGUGGCUAAGGUGUUCGCUGCGGGCGAUUGUCGUCGUGGUCAGUCCCUAGUGGUAUGGGCAAUUCAUGAAGGUAGACAAGCUGCUCGUCAGGUACGAAACUAA